UCUUCUCCAAUAAAUCUCUUUAUUACCGCCGCCUCUUCUCUCUCAUCUCGAGGGAGAGGAGGUGAGAGAGAGAGAGAGAGGAUUCCACGAGUAGACGAAGUAGGGAGGAUCGAUCGGCGAUGCCGGUGUUCAAGACGCCCUUCAGCGGCUACGCGGUGCGGUUCAGCCCCUUUUAUGAGGGCCGCCUUCUCGUCGCCACUUCCCAAAACUUCGGCAUCCUCGGCAACGGCCGCCUCCAUGUCCUUGACCUCCUCCCCUCUCCCGGCGCCCCCGGUAUCUCCGAGGUGGCCGCCUUCGACACCGCCGACGGCGUCUACGACUGCUGCUGGUCCGAGUCGCAUGACUCCCUUGCCGUCUCCGCCGUGGCCGACGGCUCCCUCAAGCUGUGGGAUGCCUCCCUGCCGCCCUCCGCCAACCCGGUGCGCUCGUUCCGCGAGCACUCCCGCGAGGCCCACUCCGUGGAUUGGAAUCCCGUUCGCCGCGACUCCUUCCUCUCCGCAUCCUGGGACGACUCCCUCAAGCUCUGGACCCUUGAUCGCCCCGCCAGCCUCCGCACCUUCCGCGAGCACUCCUACUGCGUCUACUCCGUCUCCUGGAGCCCCCGCCACGCCGAUGUGUUCGCCUCUGCCUCCGGCGAUCGCACCGUCCGCGUCUGGGACGUCCGCGAACCCGUCUCCACCCUCGUCAUCCCUGCUCACGAUCACGAGAUCCUCUCCUGCGACUGGAACAAGUACGACGAGUGCUGCCUCGCCACCGCCUCGGUGGAUAAGACCAUCCGCGUCUGGGACAUCCGCGCCACCCGGGCGCCCCUGGCUAACCUCGCCGGCCACGGCUACGCGGUCCGCCGAAUUCGCUUCUCUCCCCACAGGGAAAGUGUCCUUCUCUCCUGCUCCUAUGACAUGACCGUGUGUAUGUGGGAUUACCGGGCGGAGGACGCCCUCAUCGCGAGGUACGACCACCACACAGAGUUCGCAGUCGGGAUCGACAUGAGUGUUCUUGUCGAGGGCCUGAUUGCGAGCACUGGGUGGGACGAGGUCGUCUAUGUCUGGCAGCACGGGACUGACCCCAGAGCUUGAGAGCAGCUUCUUGAUCUCUGGUUUCUGUGAGGGGGUAGCUUACGUUCGUGUCUGCAUUUUUACUCAUCUGCGAAGCUUCAUCAAGGAUAAUAAAGAAGAUGAACAGGAGGACAUUGCCAACCAAAACAAUAUCAGUUGGUAUGUAGAUUUGGUGUGCGACUGUUCGAAAGAUAAAUGAGGGUUCUAUAUUUGGAAAGCACAAAGGAUGCAGGAUGCGUUCCAUGGUUGUUCUGGUUAUUUGGUGCUGCCAUGGAUUUACUUGCGGAUGAGAGACAAUUCCCCCGUGGAAGAGGAGUUGGCCUUCCCAUCUAAGAUUCUAACCGGCCUUCAUCUUCGUGUGGUUGUGGAAUACAUGUUUGGUGGGAGAUGUUUCAAAGUGACACCCGAUUAGGUGUUCAUUAUGAGUUGGCUAUGUGUUGUCAUUAAGCAUCUGAAGUGACAGUUGUGGUUGAUGCUGGUCAAGCAUCGAGACGGACUGUAACUCUCUAUGAAUGCAUUCUAGCUAUCAAUGCAUCGUUAAUGCACUGUUGUUCGUUUCA